AUGGAGGUGGUUUCCCAGCAGAACAUUGCAUUCUGUCAUUUGCUUCACCUGUCAGUGCUUUUAAUGACCAGGCAAUUAUUUAAUGAAAAAAACAUUAGCAGUGUUCCCAUAAAAAUGAAAAGAACUGAUCCAAAGUUGGAAAAGAAUUCAAACCAACGCACAAGAACCAAAAAAGAGGAAGAGGGAGGACAAGAGGAAGUGGAUGUAGAGGUGAUGGACACGACAGAUGAGAAGUGCAGUCCAGUCACAGUCACAAAUGGUGCUUAUCCGGUACGGUGCACUGAGGAAGUACUUCUCCCUCUCUUCAUAGAUGAGAGUCUGCAGGCUGCCAUGGACUCACAGCGCCCUCCCGCCUCCAACAGCGUCCCACCUGCUCUUCCAGAACUCAGACUGGUCCUCCUGGGCAGGAAAGAAGCCGGGAAGAGCGCAGCAGGCAACACGAUCCUGGGAGGAGCAGGAGGGUUCGAGAGCGGGAAGCCCACAGAGGAGUGUGUGAAAAGGCGAGCUGAUGUUUCUGGGAGAAAAGUCACAGUGGUGGACACACCUGGGUGGGAGUGGUACUACCCUCUGAACAGCACCCCCAACUGGGUGAGCAGAGAAACCUUACGGAGCGUGUCGCUUUGUCCGCCCGGACCUCACGCUGUGCUGCUGGUUGUGCGAGCCUGUGCUUCUGUCACCGACGACUACAUCCGAGAGAUCGAGGAGCACCUGGAGCCGCUGGGAAAAGGAGUGUGGGAGCAUACGAUGGUGCUGUUCACCAGAGGAGAUGAGCUGGGCCUGGGGUCCAUGGAGCAGAGGAUCCUGACGAGCGGCCCGGCGCUCCAGAGACUCCUCAAAAAGUGUGGCAACAGAUACCACGUUGUGAACAACCGCAGCAAAGGAGAUGGGACGCAGGUGAAAGAGUUGAUAAGGAAGCUGGAGGAGAUGGUGCAUGGGAAGAAGGAUGGCGGCAGUCAUUUAGAGAUGGAUCAUACAGUUCUGCUGGGUCUGGAGGCUGAUGGAAAGAGGAGAGCCAGGGAGAGGAGAAAGAAGCAGCGGCAGAUGGAGGCGCAGAUGCAGAGAGGGACCAUCAAAGCCGCUCUGAUGAGCGAUGGUCUUCAGGGUUCUGAGCUCGAUGCCCACCAGUCCUUCUCCAAGGCUCCCCGACGUCUGCCCGAGGUCAGGCUGGUUCUCCUGGGCGAGCGUGAAACUGGGAAGAGCUGUGCUGGGAACGCCAUCCUCGGAAAAACGGGCUUCUUCCACGCAGGGGCAGUAACGGAGGAGUGCAUCCGUCAGCAAGCGGAGGUGGCCAUGCGGCUGGUGACUGUGGUGGACACGCCGGGGUGGGAGGCAGGUGUGGCCGGUGCUACGCCUGAGCGGGUCAAGAGGGAGAUUGUCUGUAGCGUGGCCUUGUGCCCUCCAGGGCCUCACGCGCUCCUGCUGACUCUGAGGGUGGACACACUGGUGACUGCAGGGCAUGUGAGGGAACAUCUGGAGCUCCUGGGCGAGGGUGUCUGGAGGCACACGAUCCUGCUGUUCACCCACGGAGAUCAGCUCCGAGAGGGGGUGGAUAUCGAGCAGCACAUCCAGAGCGGAGGCAGGGACCUGCAGUGGCUGCUGGAGAAGUGCAGGGGCAGGUAUCAUGUCAUCAGCAGCGUAGAUGGAGGAGGAAGAGGAGGCUCCACUAAAGUGACAGAACUCCUGGAGAAAGUGGAAAAGACGGCGACCAUGAACAGGUGUGAAGCUUUCUCCGGUUUGGUUCAGGAAGUCAGGGAUUUGAGCCGGCAAAGGAACGAGAAGUUCAACCAGCGCCUGAAGGAGAUGGGAGAUAAGAUGUCUCGUCAGGAGGCCGAGCUGAAGAACAUGAGAGAGAGGGAGGUGAAGAGCAUCAGAUGGUUCUUUGACAGAAGGAAGAAGGUGAAAUCGCCGGGGAAGGCCGACAUUCAAAGGGAAGAAGAGGAGGAUGAGGACAGAAGGGUUGGCGAGAGGAGGAACGACAUCGGGGAGCUCGAGGAGAGGAUGCGGUGGCUCACAGAGGACCGAGAGAAAGAAAUUCAGGAUUUAAGCAUAGAAAAUGAGAGAAUCCGUGUAGUGCUGAACCAAAGUCAACGAGAAAGGGAUGAAAUAAUGCUGAAGUUGGAGCUAAAAGAGAGAGAGAUCGAGGAGCUGAAAGAAAGAACCGACGAGCAACAACUAAAGCUUCUCGACCUUGAACGCGCCGGUGUUGAAAUUGAACACGAGAGAAAGCAGAGAGACGAUGCCAUUAGAGUGAAGAAACAAGAAUGGAAGGAGGAAUUAGAAAAAUUGGAAAGAACUAUAGAGCUGCUCGCAAAAGAGAAAGCAGAGGAGAUUGAAAAACUUGACUCUUUAAAGGAAGAAAUGAAACAAACUAAAACACACUAUGAGGAUUCACUUGAGAGAAAAGCACAAGAAAAAAAACAGGAGAUGGCAGAGAUGGAGGAAAAACUCAAAAUGGUAAUGGAAACAAAGCUGCUGGAAAAAGAUAAACAGCUGGAAGGGUUGAGAAAGAAAGCCUCCGAGGAAAAGCAGAUAACGCUCGAUAACGUAAAGCAACAGGAAGAAGACAUGGAGAGCAAAUUUGAAGAACUUAAGUCAAAUCAUGACAAAGAGAUGGAGCGGAAAAUGCGGGAGAAAGAAACAGAGAUAAACGACAUAAAACUGCAGCAUGAGAAAGAGAUGGCUAGAAAAAAAAGCGAGAUGGAGAAACUGAAGGUUCAACAACAGCAAGAAAUGGAUAAUAAGCUGAGAGAAACAGCAAAUGAUAUGGAAAGACUGAAACAACAGCACGACGAUCAAAUGAGGGACGUACAGCGAGAUAAACAAAGACAGAUUGCAGAGCUGAAAGAGCAGUUUGCUAAAGAAAAUAAGGAACACGUGCAAGCGAAAAACAAAGAGAUAGCAGAGUUGGAACAAAAGCACAUUGCUCUAAUGGAUGCAAGACGGCUCGAAAAUGAAAAAGAAAAGGGGAUGAUUCAUCUAAAUCACAAAAAAGACACAGAACAACAGAUGCUAGAGAAAGAAAAAGAGGUAGCGGCAUUGAAACUGCAGCAUCAGGAUGAGAUGGCAACAAAAAUGAGUGAAAUGGUAAAACAGAUGGAGGCGAGGAGAGCCGAAUAUGAGGGAGAAAUUGCUCGAAAAGUGAAACAAAAAGAGGAGGAUGUAGAAAGUGCACAACAACAGUACUCUGAAAAAUUAAGGGACAUGGAGGAAGAGAGACAACGAGAGACGGAGGAGCUGAAACAACAGCUAGCAAAUGAAAUAGAGAAACAUUUGCAGGACAAACAAAAAGAGAUAAGAGACUUGGAACAACAGCAUGCCGCCCAAAUAGAAGAGAUGAAGUUAGAAAACGCGAAGGAGAAGGAAAUGAUGAAUCAAAACCAUGAAAAGUACGUGUUGCAAAAGCUGCAAGAGCGAGACAGAAUAACAGAGGAGCUAAGAUGUCAACUCAGGAGCGAAAUCGAAGAAAGUGAAAAGGAAAAAGAAAGAUGCAAGAAAGAGAUGGAGCAAACGGUGGAAGAGAAAGAGAAAGAGAUUAAGGAGAUGAAACUGAAUGUAGAAGAAAUGAAGGAGAAACUGCAACAAAAGGAAGAGAAAGAAAAAGACAAUUUAAACUACAAGAAAGCAAUGGAGCAACAACUGAAAGAAAAGGAAAAAGAAAUAGAGGAAAUGGGAUUAAACGCCCAAGAAAUGAUGGAAACACUGCAAAAGAAAGAGGCUGAUCAUUUAAAAUGCAAAGAAGACCUGGAGCAGAAACUGGAGGAACGAGGAGGAGAAAUAGAGGUGAUGGAAGAACGUGUAAAAGAGCUUAUGCAACAACUGAGCAAGAGCGAACAGGAAAAAGAAAGGUUCAGUUUCAAUCACAAGAGACAGAUGGAGCAAACCUUAGCAGAAAACAACAGAACAAUAGAGAAGUUAAAAGAGCACAUAAAUGACAUAGAUGAAAUCUUGCAAAGAAAAGAAGAAGAGCGAGGAGAAAUCAUUCUGAAGCAAAAGAGAGAAGCAGAGCAAAGACUGCAGGACAGAGAACGAGAGAUGGAGGAGAUCAAGCAGCAGCUUUUGAAUGACUUGGAGAGACAACUGAAAGAAAAGGAAACCGAGAUUGAAAGCGUUAAACUGCAGGCCGACUCCAGAGAGGCAAGAUGGAGGGAAGAGCAGAAGAAGACGGAGGAGAAAGCAGCGAGUGAGAUGAAUCAGCUGCAAGAAAUCAUCGACGAGAAAACAAAAGAAAUAACACAAGCGCACUGUCUUCUUGCACAGAGAGACGGCGAGAUCGAUGAGGCAAAAAAGACAUGUGCAAACUACUUACAAGAAAUAGCAGAGGAGAAAGAAAGCAAUAAAAACAAAGCCUCCAGCAUCACUGAGAUGCAGCAACGUCAUACAGAGCAGGAGAGGAAAAAAGAUGAGGAAAUGAUGGAAAAACUGCAGGAGAAAGAAGAAGAGCUCGACCGCCUCCGGCUAAGAGACACUGAAAAUGAGAAGGAGAUCGUCCAGCUGAGGCUAACAAUCGAGCAAACAAAGUCAGAGCUGAAGGAGCUCACCAGUAAGAUGGACAAAGAGAUGACGAGCAUGAUUCAGGAAUAUGAAAAUGAGAUAGCGAGACAAAACGAGAACAUAGAAUCGAUUGCAAAGGAGAAGGACGGCGCUUUAAGUUGCUUGGAGGAAGAAAAGCAGCAGAGCUUUUUGGUUGUCACCGAGAAAUACGAGGAAAGUCGAAAGAGGGUCGAGGAGCUGCAGGAGCAAAAUGAGAAGAUGAGAAAAGAGGCAGACAAUCUCAGAAUGAGGUGUGAGGAGGUGAAAGAGGAGAGUGAAGAAGAAGCUCGGAAACAUCUCAGGAGAUGUGAGGAGAAAGUAAAGAACACCGAGGCUGAAAUCCAAACUAUCCUGAAAGAGCGGGAUGUGGAGGUGAAGGCACUAAAGGAGGCCAAUGAUGAAUUACAAGCAGAGAUAGAGAUGAUGAAAGAAAGGGAAGGUGAGAGUGAGAAGCAGGUGAAUGAGAUGAGAGAGCAUUUUGAGAAGCAGCUGAUGCAGAAAGAAAGCACCCAGAGAACGAGGGUUGAGGAGAAUUUCUUAAAAAGGGAAAAUGUUCUGAGCAGCAAUGAAGACGAGCUGAACAACAGAGGACAGGAGCUCGACGCAAAACAGGAAGAACUGGCUGCAAAAGAGAUAAAGUUGGAAGGUAAAGAAGAAGAGCUUCGAAAACUGGAAGCGAGUCUCGAGAGAAGACAAAAAGAGCAAGAAGAAAAAGACAAACACAAGCAAGAUGAAGUGAAUCUGAGAGUGCAGAGUAUGGAGAAAAAGGAGAGGGAGCUAGAGAGCUUACUGAAAGCUCUGGAGGGCAAACAGAGAGAGCUCAGCUGUCACGGCCAAGAUCUGCAGAAGAAGGUGAAAGGACUGAAAGAUCAAGGACAGGAGCUGAAGGACAGAGAGCAUCACCUAAAAAACGAAGAGCAGGAGUUGCUUCACUGGAAGUCUGAGCUGCAGAUUCAAAAUGAGCACGUAAACUCUACGACGCAACAGUUAGAUGAGAUGGGAAGAGAUCUGGCUUUGCUGAAGGAGGAACUUCACAACAAGGAGAAAAAUGUAAAGGAGUCCCUUCAAAAACUGAGCAAAUGGGAGCAGAAUCUUAAAGAACGGGAGGGAGAGCUGCGCAAAAGAGAGCAAACAGAUUUAGAGAAUGAACAGCAUGGCACUGAUGAUAAUGUGUUUGAGAAGGACUCUUUGGAUCUGGCGGCUGCAGCUGAAGGAUCAGAAGACAGCUUGCCUAUAAUGUACCAAGAAGUCAGCGAGUUAAGGGAAAAGGGAAGAGGAACAGAUAAAGAGGAAAGCGCAAAGGAUAGGGAGGAUCAGAGGAUGAAAACAGCACCGUCAGAUGCAGGGAGCAGCAAUAACUGUCACCUUGAAACACUAAAAGAAAUGACGGAUGGAAAGGAAAGGAUGAGAGGAAGAGAGAGGAGCAGGACAAAGGUGGGAAGUGCAAAGGUGAGCAGUGAGUUCAAGCUGCUAUCUCUUAGGCAAGGAGCGUCACACGACAAAGAGUCAGACUUGAGGGUGGUGGUUCUGGGGGAGACCUGGUCAUCUCGCUCCCCAGCUGGAGUCACCAUAUUGGGGGGAGUGGUGUCCAAAUUUGAUGGAUCGACCUUCAGGCCGUGGAGAGGACAGAUAGCCGGGCGACGCCUCGCUGUCGCUGAACCUCUGGGCCUGAGGUGGCGAGACGGACCGGAUGCCACAAACGCUUCUCAACGGAAAAGCAUCCUGGACAGCACCUCCUGGUGUCACCCGGGGCCUCACGUCGUCCUCCUGCUCAUGCCGGCCUUCUUGACCUGCACACAGAAGUACAGAAGAGCCGUAGAGGAACACAUGAGCCUGCUGGGGGAGGAGGUUUGGCAGCGCGCACUGUUGCUCUUCACAUGGGGGGAAAUUUUAGGAGAGAGCGCCGAGCAACACAUCCUGAGGAACGGAGAACUGAUGGGGCUUGUAGAGAGAUGUGGGGGCAGGUAUCAUGUGUUGAACAGCAAGAACAGCUACUCCACGAUCGAAGGACUAUUCGAGAAGAUAGAUGAUGUAGUUGCUCUGAACAGCAGAGAGCAGCUUUUGGUGUAGAACUGUAACGAGGAUGAAUCGAUUUCACAUCAUGCUGUGUUUUUGUUUUUACUAUGUGGAUAUAUUUGAAUAAAUUUCCCCAGAAACAGAA